GUAGGCGGCGUCGCCGUCGCCAGCUUUUACAUAACUAAGCAAAUUAUUAGCCGCUUUUCGCCAUAGGUUUAAGGCCUCGCCACGGCUAAAGCGUUUGAGAUAUCAAAAAUCUAUUCGCAAUUUUGCAUCCACAACGUCUUGAGAUUAAAAUGGCCCGGUUUGGUGGCGAUUGGAUAAAUCCCCUAGGAGAAGUAUAUCAAAUUCCACUGGACACUGGCAGCAGCAGUCAUGCCUGGGCAUCUCUCAGAAGUCAGUCUACUGCCAGUGCUGCUGCUUUGGCCCCGCAAUCCAGUCCCAAAACACAGGACAAAAGAAAACCCAAGACCGGCAUCCUCAUGCUGAACAUGGGCGGCCCGGAGAGACUCGAAGACGUUCAUGACUUCCUGUUACGACUUUUCCUCGACAAAGACCUGAUGCAGCUUCCUGUCCAGAAUAAGCUCGGGCCGUUUAUAGCCAAACGGCGUACGCCAAAGAUCCAGGAGCAGUACAGUAAAAUCGGAGGAGGGUCUCCUAUCAAAGCCUGGACCACCAUGCAGGGAGAGGGGAUGGUCAAACUCCUGGACGAGAUGAGUCCUGAAACUGCCCCUCACAAGUUUUAUAUCGGCUUCCGGUACGUCCACCCGCUGACGGAGGAGGCCAUCGAGCUGAUGGAGAAGGACGGAAUAGAGAGAGCUGUCGCAUUCACCCAGUACCCUCAGUAUAGCUGCUCCACCACAGGCAGCAGUUUGAACGCUAUCUACAGAUACUACAACAGCAGUGGCCUGGGGUCUAAAAUGCGCUGGAGUGUGAUUGACAGAUGGCCAACACACCCUCUGCUCAUCGAGUGUUUUGCUCAGCAUGUGCGUAAAGAGCUGGAGAAGUUCCCACCUGAGAAAAGAGACGACGUGGUCAUUCUGUUCUCCGCCCACUCACUCCCUAUGGCUGUGGUGAACAGAGGAGACCCGUACCCUCAGGAGGUGGGCGCUACAGUGCACAGGGUGAUGGAGAGGUUGGCGUACUGUAACCCGUAUCGUCUCGUCUGGCAAUCGAAGGUGGGCCCGAUGCCGUGGCUCGGUCCUCAGACGGAUGAGGUGAUUAAAGGUUUGUGUGAAAGAGGGAAGAAGAACCUGCUGUUGGUUCCAAUCGCCUUCACCAGCGACCACAUCGAGACUCUACACGAGCUCGACAUCGAGUACUCGCAGAUCCUCGCAGAAGAGUGCGGGGUCGAAAACAUCAAAAGGGCAGAGUCUCUGAACGGAAACCCCCUGUUUUUUAAGGCAUUAGCGGACGUGGUUCAGACGCACCUGAAGUCCAACGAGCCGUGCUCUCGCCAGCUCACCCUGCGAUGCCCGAAGUGCGUGAACCCGACCUGUGGGAAAGCCAAGGCUUUCUUCGCCGGCCAAAAAUUCUAAUGCUGUUCUUUGCUUCUUGCCUGUCGUCCUUCGUGCCUGCGAGGAAAUCCUCACAUCGCAUUACAUCACAUCAUCUUCCAAACAGGAAACAGAAUCGUACUUACAGAGCGCUGCGUCAGACGCACCAGGCGUCUCGUUCAGUUCAGAGUUUAGAACUUCAGCUUCACUCCUCCGUCUCAGCACGCCACUUCACACUUCAUUUGGGUUGGGCUUUAAGUUCAUAACUAUUCAAAUUAUUUUUGUGUGGUUGUCUGGGAAAUCCCUUUAUAUGUUAAAACCUGGACAUUUUCCUAAUAAAUGAAGUGAAAAGUGAAAGUUUGUUCCACUAGUAAAUGAAUCUCAACCACAGCGUCCAUGUGUCCAAAAGUGGAAAGUGUCUGAAAGACAUCACUUCAACAGAUAAGAUUUACACUGCAAGAAAAGAAAAAUCUUAUUUAUUCACUUAUUUCUCGUCAAAUUUUACUGAAAUUGCAAGAAAAAAUUUCCCCCUUCUGUUGGCAGAUAAUUUUGCUAGUUUUUUUUUAGGAAUUCUUUUUUGAAAGAAGAUAAAUUCUUUGCCAGUUUUGGUAAAAUCUGAUGAGAAAUAAGCUUCUUAAUCUUAUAUUUGGUUUGUUCUAAUAUUAUUUGUUAAAAUUUUUUUAUAAUUUUGGCAAAAUUCAACAAUAUUUAACUUGCUAUAUUUUCCCCCAGUGUAUGUACUGUUUCAUAUUAUGAGGUUAUUAGAAAGGAAAUCUAAAAGAGUUCAGGUUGCCAUAAAUAAUUGUUAAAACUAAUUUCAAGCUUUAAAUAUUCUACAUUCUAUUCAAAAUGUAAUCGUGUCUUUCUGUCACGUAGUCAAACGUUGUGAGGGUGGAACAGGAUGACUUCAUGCUUGAAACGUGUCAAAUUCAACAAGAUAGGUUUAAUCGUCUUUAUUUGGUUUAUAGAGUAAACAAAAACAAAAGAAAGAGAAAUAUGACAAAUUAGAAAUAGGGAUAUUUUUACUCGCCAGUUUU